AUGGCGCCGGCUCUGACAGCCCCCGCACCCUCAGCCCCUCACACCCUCUCUGCCAACGCCAAGUUAUCAAAGACUCUCUUCCCAGACGGACUCCUUACCUCUGGCCAGCACGAGCCCAUCUACGAGCUGCUCCACCCCUACAGUUCGUUCCCCAAGUCCAUCUCGGGCCCAACCGCGUGGAACGCCGCCGACUAUGCAUCCAACCCCGAGCGCUGGACACAUGUCUUCUCGGCAUCUGAGAUAUCAGAAAUCAGCUCUGCAGCCGACGACUUCAUCAACAGCGGAGUGCCGCUGACGGGCAUUACGUCUGAGAAAUUCCCACUGCCCGAGUUCUCGCGCUUCCUGGCGCCGCUGCGCAAAGAGCUGAUUGACGGCAAGGGAUUCAUCCUGUUCAAGGGUUUGCCCGUGCAGGAAUGGGGAAACAAGAAGUCUGCCGUUGCGUAUAUGGGGCUGGGCACGUAUCUUGGGUAUUUCGUGAGCCAAAAUAGUCGCGGCCAUGUGUUGGGACAUGUCAAGGACCUGGGUGAGGACGCGACUGCGAUUGAUAAAGUGAGGAUUUAUCGGACGAAUGCGCGUCAGUUUUUCCACUCGGAUGAUGCCGACUUGGUGGGUUUGCUGUGUGUGGCCAAGGCUCUUGAGGGCGGCGAGAGUGAUCUUGUCAGUAGCCACCGAGUGUGGAACGAUCUUCAGGAAAACCAUCCCGAUGUUGCAGAGCUCCUUACACAGCCAAUCUGGUACUUUGAUCGCAAGGGCGAGACGAGUAAAGGACAGAAAGAGUGGAUCAAGACAGCAAUCUUUUACCUUGAAACAGGUGAAAAUCCCAGAGUAUACAGCAAAUGGGAUCCAUACUUUGUCCGCUCUCUAACCCGCUUCUCGGACGCUGGUCUGAUUCCUCCUCUUUCUGAUGCUCAACAACGCGCUCUUCAGAUCCUGGAAGACACGUGCCAGAAACUGGCUCUGCACAUGAUUUUGGAUGUAGGCGAUAUCCAAUUUCUGUCGAAUAACCAUGUAUUCCACGCGAGAACGGCAUACAAGGACUAUGCACCGCCAGCACCGCGGAGGCACUUGAUGAGGUUGUGGUUGAGUACGCCAGAAGGAGAGGGUGGAUGGAGACUGCCGUUCCACGAUAGCCAUGAAAAGAAGAGGGGCGGCAUCCAGGUCGAUGAUACGCCGCCAGUAGCGCCUGAAGAUGCAGAAUAG